CAGGUGAGGAAGACGAAGCUGACUCAGAGCGAGCGAUGUGACCGUGAGGACGUCAGAACAUGUGAUUGGCCCUGAUGUACGCCUACAUCAGAGCUCAGCACAGGCAGCAGCAUAAUUAACUCAUUAUUGAAUCAAUGAAGGGAUUUUAUCCUGUUCCACUUGUGUCACACAUGACCAGCUCCUGUAUUUUGAUUGGCUCCGGUUUAUCAAAUCGAACCAAGUGACUCCCUACUGACACCUACAGGUGACCCGCAGAGGUGACAGAGUUACAUGCGGGACUUCAUCCUCCAGCAUGACCCCCACCGUCAGCCUGUACUGUGCCAAAAUAAGACUCAACACAAGGGGGCGCUGUAGCUGCCUCCACAGCAAACAAUGACUUUUUGUCAUGAUAACGGAGAUAGAGAUAACUCUUUAUUACUAUGACAAUACAACAACUCAUGAUGAUGAGUUUCAGUGUAUACCCCCUCCAUCCUAAAACGAAAAAGGUGUGUUUGCCUUCAGUGAAACUGUAUGUUAAGCCCCGCCCCCGGCUGUGUGUAAGUGAAAGCGAAAGUUUGGGGAGCUGUCCGAGGGGCAGACGUCGAGCUUCUCUUCCGUCUCUGCUCGUUUUUCAGCUCGGUUCCGACCUUUGUGUCCUCAGAGGGGGGCAGAUAUUUGUCCUGUGAAGCCGGAGGACCCCGCCUGCUGUCCCGCCGUCCUCUCAGCAGCAGCAUGCCGGACGUCAGGCUGUGCCUGGAGGCCGUCUCUGCGCUCCUGGGCUGCAGAGCCGAAGCGACCACCGGAAGCUCCCAGUUCACCCCGCAGGAUCUAGUCAACGUCGUGGCCCUCAAAGAGUUUUACAAGCAGGAGGGCUUUAAAGAGCUGGAGUACCCCAGCUUGGGGACGCUGUCUCUGCACGAGUUAGACGAAGCCGACAUGUACAGCUCCCCCCCGGCCCUGGAGGCGCCUCCGGAGAGAUCCCAGCUCACUGUGGAAAUCAACACGGAGAACUUCUUCCAUCCUCAGUACGACUACGACUUCACCAACGUCAAGGAUGGAGAUAAGAAGUUCACGCGUGGUAACGAGCAGUACAUCCGCCCCUGCGGGUGGAACCGCGUUGCCCUGCGGGUCGUGCAGAAGUACAGCGACGGGGACAAGUGGCUGGGGACGGGGCGGGACGCCUGGCCCGUUUCCUACCAGGGGAAAAACAUGGACGGCUCCCUCAUCCUGACCCAUGGCGGCAAGCCCGACGACCAGCCACAGUUUCUGGACGCCGCCGCGGCGUCUUUGUUAACGGAGGGGACGAAGGGCCGGGGGGUGUACUCCACACCGGACAUCAGGAUCGCAGAGAAGUACUGCAAGAAGUUCAAGUCCGGAGUGGACGGGAAGACGUACCAGGUGGUCCUCCAGAACCGCAUAAACCCGGAAAAAAGGAAGUCGUGCCAGAGGCAAGGCGUCUGGGUUGUGUACAUCCCCGAGGACAGCAGCGACGUGAGGGUGAGGGCCCUCGUGCAGGAGUCCAUCCGCCCGUACGGGCUGCUGCUGAAGCAGGUGUGAUGCAGCUGUAACGACCUGCCGUCACUUCAGCUUCACGAUUUUCACAUUGUUAACAAAAAACUGAGAACAUGCUUCAAGUUCCCACGCGUGGGACUAAUAAAGGUAUCUUAUCUUAUCUUAUGCUUACUCCGGGCUCGUGGGAGGACGAGCUCCUGAAAGCUCUUUAUUGGGAGGGUGUGGGAACAAUAAGCCAGAGGUCACAGUAUCGUCUCUUUAUCCUCACAGUUUAAUAAAAAUACGACUGUCUGAUCAAACCUCUCUGAUCCGCGCUGCCUUUGAGUCUCCUCACAGCUCCGAAAAUUCCACCAAUCACAACGUUAGAUCCAAACCACCAAUAAAUAAUCCAUCAUAUCAAACACAGGAGGCGGGAAACGUGCAGCUAGGUUAGCGGCGUCCUGCCUCACGCUGGGAUCCUUUCGCUCGGUGUCAGGGUUGGAGAUAGUGAGGCCGGGUCAGAGGGGCAGACACCUGUCAGUCACAGGUGAGCGCACACGCCGGCUUUAAGAUUUUACUAAUUAAACUUCAUGUUGUUAUUUCAAUAAGACUUGAGACUAAUGAGCUCAGAAUAAAUUGCUUGCUGCGGUCUAAGAUACGAUAGAUCCUUUUGUCACUGUUACCAGUUUACGACACCAACUGUCUGCCAUCUAUAAUCCAGUUUUGAGUUCCCUCCCCAGACGCCUUAACGCCCACUCACAUCCUGGGCCAUCUGACCUCAGGAAAUCACAUGAUAGGGUGGGGCCAGAUU